UCUUAGACUUGCGCCUGGCCUGAAAAUUGGCCAUGGUCAUUGGAACUGUUAAUUAAGAUUGAAAUGUGCAAAUUCAACCGGUGUUUUCCUGGGUUAAAAAUUCUAUCAAAGCUGCCUUUUUGAUAAUUUAUGUAAGCUGGAUAAUUCACUUCUUCUACAACGGGAAUGGGAGUCUGAAAUGUCUUUUAGAAACACACCGGCGAUAUCAUUCAAAAUGCAGUUCAUUAGAAAUCACAAAACCAAAAAAAUGUGGAAGUAAAGUUGUAUUAAAGGAAACAAACUGCUGCCACCAACUUGUUUUGCACUGAUCUGAUAUUGAUCACCAAUCGAGUUUGAGUUCUUCAUGAGGCGCGGGGAAAACUCUAUGGCUUGUCAGUCAGUGCUAAUCUCAAAGCACAUAUGCAUGUGUGCCUAUAUUAAGGGCUUAACCUAAAAGACAUAUAUAUUGUAAAGAAAAUCUAGCAACGCAUAAAUCAAUGAUUUACAAUGAGCAUCAUUAAUAGCAUUAGUUGAGGUGCGUCAAGGUCAACAAAGGUUUCCAAAAAACGUUCACUCUAAACGGAGUCAGCGAUUUCAUUAACAUAACUUAAAAUGUAUUGAUCCUUUACCGUAAAAGCCAAUUCCCAAUCAGGCUACAGCGGUGCAAUAUAACCAUACAAAAACAAUCACAUGUCCUUUGCAAAAGUAAGCAGGUGUACCAUGGUAAUAGAAACUUAAUGGAUAUACGAAACGGCUCAUGAAAACCACAAGAAAUUACUACAUUGAAUUCCCACAUUUAACGCCAGUUGUCGUCUGUCACUAAACAUAAAGGUCCUCGGUCUCAUCGUCUGCUGCUUUGGUAAGGAUGAGUGCCAUCCAUAAUCAAGGCAAUGAAGACUUCAAAUCCCAAGUAUUCAUCAUCAACGGAGCCAUACUACUUUUAUUCGCGGUGUUAAUAUCCAUCUCCAAUGGUCUCCUACUGUUCCUGAUCUACAAAGACCCGCUGAAAAAAUUUCGCAACGCCACCGCUGUUCUUGUGGUGUCUUUAGGCAUAGCAGACUUUCUAACGGGAUGUGUAACCGCUUUGGACGUUGGAAUAGUACACAUUCUGGGAGGAAUGGCGAUGCAAAAAGAUAUAAUUAUGCUUCAGGCUAAGAUCGUCUCUCAGAUAACCGUGCGCGCAAGUCUUUGUAUCAUGAUUAUGUUCGCGGUUGAGCGGUUCAUAGCUGUCGCCUUCCCUUAUGUUUAUCGUAAAUCCGUGACCAUCCCAAAAACCAUCGUCUUUUGUGCGUUGUGUUGGAUGUUAGCCAUUGUUACAAGCUGUCUGGAGCUGCUGGUGGAGCGAGAUUUGUACGAUGUCGUGUUCCUUUACCUCAUUUUUGUCCUACCGCUCUUAACUAUUGUUUCCACAUACUCAGCAGCUUAUUGCGCGCUGCUACAUCGACAUGGAAGACUUUACAAAAAGGAGAAAAUAUCCAGGCGAUCGGCUGAGAUGCAGAAACAACUGAUGACAACUUCCUGUCUGAUUAUUCUUGUCUUUUUUGCUUCUCUCGUUCCGUUUUGGGUGUUCACCACCAUCCGGCGUUAUUGCAAAGAGUGCGUUCAACAAAAAUGGUCCAUUGCAGGUUACCGAUUUUCCAUUCCGAUUCUGUACAUGAACUCAGCCCUGAACCCGUUGUUGUACGCUUGGAGAAUGCGGCCAUACCGUCAAAGCUUUCAAGCCUUAUUUCUAAAAAGCAGAAGAGUGGGGGAUAGACGAGUCAAGACGAACACGUCAAGACGAACAACUCAAGACGAACUCCCUCAAAAUGAAGGCAAUGAAACUUCUGUAAUUGUCAAUGAAUUUUGCGAAGAGACUAAUUUAUAAAUGACAAUCGACAGAUGAAAUUUACCAGUUUUAAUUUAAAGUUUAUAAUGAUUAUGCGAACAGCUGCAUGAUCUUCUUUACUUCGAAAAACAUUUUUUUAAGCGCAAGUAUAGGCAGGUUUUUAAACAAGACGAUUGUUCCCACCUAUUUAACGAAGAAGAUAAUGUGUAAAAUACUGUGCAGAAAAAUGACAGAGAAAGCAAGUAACUGAAAAAACAACGACUUGUCACUUUAAACUGUAGUCCUAUUGAAUCAAGAAAAUUCUGCGGAAAUGACUAAGAAAAGAAAUUUUUGUAAGCGAUGACGUGUUAAUGAGUUAGAUUCAGUUCUGUUUUUUUUUUUUUUCAAAUGUAAAACAGGCCUUCAAUUGCAUUAAAUAUGAGAUAAAAUUUGGCAGCUGUGUAGUUUCAGAACGGAUGAUGUACUCAGAACCUCGUUUUAACUCUUCACUGGAAGAUUCGUGAGAAAAAU